AGCAUAUCCUCAAAAUGUAGCACGGAAAGUAGUAAUAAUACAGACGUCCCAGAUGAAUCAGAACUGUACAAGACAUUCAAGUUUCCACUUCCAAAAGCAAAACCCAUGGACUCAAGGAUGGACAGUACAGCCCAGCRAAGGUUGAUAAGAGAGGCACUAGCUUGCCUAGAGGCACUGGUAGCUGAUCCAGUCCAACAGUGAGCCAGUAAUGAUAAUUGCAGCCAGGAAAAUUUGUGAUGAGGUCCCUGUGAUGAAGGAUCCCAUGCCUCCAAGUUUCGCAACUGACAAACAGUUUCCUUAUUGGAGYUCAGUCCUUUACAUGCUAAGGAAGAGGCUAAGCAACAGCAAAGCCUACAGGUCUAGAGCUGRCGACAAGAAGGAUAAAAGUAAGGAAGCUGCAUCAGUAAAUCUGUUGGAAAAGGAUUACGACAAUCUCAAUGCUGAACUGCUAAAAGAAAGCUGCAAGAAAAAAAAUUCUAAUAAAAAAGCCAUCCAAGAGAUGCAAAAGUUAACCUUUAAGAAGAGGGAAGAACAAAUCGUGGAGAAAGAGAUGAAUGUCAAAGAAAUUAUAGCUGAAUUUCCCUUUUUAAAACAGGACUUCAUGAUACAAAAUGAACUUCUGCUCCACAUCAGAACCAGCAGGCCUACUGACAAUACAGUUACCUUAGACAACCUWAUAAGCAACUGGUUGGAAACUAUAAAACGAACUAAAUGGACUGAUUUAGAUCUUGCUGAAGAUGAACUGAGUGGAUAUGUGUUGGAACACCUUCACUUAAGUUUUCGCAAGUGUGAGGCAAUUAUUAUUUUUAUGCAGGAAGAAAACUCAGAUAUAGAGCAGUUUUGCAAAAGAAAACUUGGAGAUUGGCCAUGGCUGCUGUGCAGAAGGGACGAGGAUGAGGAAAGCACACAAGUUUUUGUUGUUCUAGAUAAAGAAAUAUUCUUAGAGAUCAAUGACAAUAGGUUCAAGUUUACAUUGGGGUUAAUAACCCUCUUAGGUGUAUUCUAUGCACUGAAUCUAGAAUACAAAACAUCACAGAGGCACCUUUAUGCAUUCCUUGAGGAGUUUGUUCUAGGAAUAAAGCCAGCAAAGCCCACACUUAUGUACAGGCAGUGUGUGUCUGAUUUGAUAACAAGUUAAUCAGUCUAUUCCCU